GCUUUGUGCAAAAACCGAAAGAGAUUUGUUGCUAACUUCAGUCAUGUUUUGAACACCUACUAUGCCGGUAUACGCUCCCCAAAAAUAAUCGCGAUUGAGUGAAAACUGUGUCUCUCAGCAUGUCUAGAAGAGAAAGAAAAACUGACCGACAAAAUUGUCCACUUUCGUUAUUGGAAGAAGCUCGUAAACGCGUCAAUGAAGGUGAAAGUAAGAGAUCGGUUGCUAAAUCUCUUGGAAUGGCGGAAUCUACUCUAAGAAAGAGGCUGCUUAGAACUUCAAUUGCAACCAAAUUAGGAAGAUAUGAUCUUACAUUUUCGAAAGAAGUAGAACAAGAGUUUUGCAACUAUUUAAUGCAUCUCGAUGACAUGUAUUUUGGAAUGACCGCAAAAAAUCUGCGUAUUCUGGCGUUUGAGUUUGCAGAAAGAAACAACAUAUCUCACAGAUUUAACAGAGAUGCGAAAGCAGCUGGUAAGGACUGGCUACGAGGAUUUUUGAAGCGUCAUCCACAGAUAUCCUUAAGGCAACCAACUUCUACGAGUAUUGCGCGGGCUAUGGGAUUUAACAGACCGCAAGUGGAACGAUUCUACAUAAACUUGUCAGCUCUGAUGGACAAACACAACUUUCCUCCUAGCGCGAUUUACAAUAUGGACGAGACGGGGGUAUCUACUGUCCCCAAUAAAGCUCCUAAAGUUUUAACUUUGAAAGGCAAACGAUCUGUUAAUAAAAUAUCCAGCGCAGAGAGGGGCACAAAUGUAACCGUCGUCAACGCCGUGAGUGCUACUGGGCAUUUUGUUCCACCGGUGUUCAUAUUUGGCCGCAAACGCAUGAAAGCAGAGCUUUUAGAUGGUGCGCCUUCUGGUUCUGUUGGAAUGGUUUCGGAUUCCAGUUUUAUUAACUGCGAUCUGUUUCUAAACUGGCUGACUCAUUUCAAGGAUCAUGUAAGGCCUACUGACGAACGUCCUAUUCUCCUCAUCUUAGAUAACCAUGUGUCUCACUGUUCCAUAAAAGCAAUAGAUUUUUUCAGAGCCAAUAAUAUAAUUGCUCUGACCAUACCACCACACAGCAGCCAUAAGCUGCAGCCUUUAGACAAAGGAUUUCACACUGUUUUAAAGAAAUACUUUGCGAAUGAGUGUGAGAAAUGGAUGCGAAAUCACCCUGGCAGAGCAAUUACAGUAUUUCAAAUUACUGCUAUAUUCAAUGCUGCUUUUGGUAAAGCCGCCACCAUUGCUUGCGCGACUGAAAGUUUUAAAACUACCGGUAUAUGGCCCUACAAUCCAGAUGUUUUCAGCGAGGCAGAUUUUCUGGCUAGUGCGGUAACCGACAGAGAAUUCCCUAAUGACGGUUCAGAGAACACAGCUAUAGCGGACGACAACUCUUCAGGUGAAAAUUCAAUCCCAUCGGUACAACAGCAACAACAGCCUGUUUUGGCAAAUCAGGACAGCUCUUUGGGAAGCGGCAAAAAAGCCAACUCUACUGACAAGAACUUAAUGCCAUCCACACAGCAGCAGCAACAGAUGCUUUUGCCAAAUCAGGAUAGCUGCUCUUCGGUAACUAGUACAAAUAACUCAAACGAAACUCCAGAUACCGUUUCUGCAGUAAAACAAGUCUCAGUCGAAAAAAAUCCGGUUCAAGAAGCAGUUGGAAGUUUUUCGAAUGGCCAUGCAGCUGUUGUUUUAAAUGUUAAGAAUAGUCCUUUGGCUAAAGAGACCCCUACCACAGCAAAUCCGAGAUGCAAAACUGAAGAAGCUAUAGUUAAAAAACUUUUAGAUAUUAGUCCUCUUCCUAAAGCUCCAAGAAAGAAUACAACAAGGAAGCAUAAGAAAUCAGAAGUUAUCAGUAGCUCACCAUACAAAACUCAAUUAGAAACAGACCAGGAAUUAAAAAACAAGCCAAAAAUACCUCGACUAGAUUUUAAGAAGCCUAAAAAGCCCAAGAAUGCUCCCAAAAUCAAAAAGUGGAAAUGUGGAGGGUGCAACGAAAUAUAUAAAGAACCUAUUGAAGAAGACUGGAUUGAGUGCUCUGGAUGUAAAAACUGGUGGCAUGAAAAAUGUACAGCGUAUACAGGCGUAGGAGCUUACAUAUGUGACUUUUGCGUGGACAAAUAAACUGCGCACUCUUAUCCGUCUCAUAGCGCACUCUUACACACACCUGUGUGUAAGAGUGCGCAAAUCUCAUUUUGUGAUUUAAUUGAAAUACG